GGCCCAGUAACCCGACCCGACCCGACCCGACCAGAGAUAAUCUUAAAUUUCAUCCCAGGUGAGAAAAUGGGUUACUCAGGAAGUAUCAAUCGACGAGGAGCUUCGGUCUUUAAAUCCGAGGAAGAGACUAAAAUCGGAUAGUUGCGAAAAAUGCCGAUCAUGGAGAAAUUGAGGAUGUUCGUGGCGCAGGAACCAGUUGUUGCUGCGUCUUGCUUAAUCGGCGGUGUUGGACUAUUUUUGCCUGCUGUUGUGAGGCCUAUUUUAGACUCACUCGAGGCAUCCAAACAAGUUAAAGCUCCCCCACUUACCGAUGUUAUUGCUGGUGUCACAGGGAAGAAACAGAGUUAAACCAAACAAUGACUUCCCCUGUUUUCUUACAUUCAGAUGAUUACUAUUCCUUUUUGUCUUUUACUCUCUCUCUUUUCACAAUGAAUAAGCCAGACUCAUGUUUUUGUUCUGAAACUUAAUAUAAAGGCAUGUGUGUACACUCACUCUUGUUCAUCGCUUUAUCAGAUGUAUUCAGUUCUUAAUGACAAAUGAAAAAGCUUGGAACUUU